AUGAUCGUCAACAUCAGCACAAUCUUCACCCUCCUGCCUCUUCUGGCUGCGGCAAUGCCCUCGUCUCCAGAGUCGUACGCAGCCCUCAAUAAACGAUCCGUUACCUGUCUCAAGGUCGGAGCUACAGCAACAGCCACUUGGACCAAUAGCGCCGGACAGCACUGCACUUUCACCGGCGUGGUAGGAAGCAAUUUUGGUGCGGACGGUGCGGGAUCAGGAGAUUACUCCUGCAAUGGCCGUUGUGGUGCCGGGUGCACCGGUUUCGCAUUGGGUAAUGCAUAUACCCAGGACUGCUAUUCGCACGAUAUCUGCUCUUACUUCAACAAUGCCAGUGGAGGUGCAAGCGAUCCCAACUGCGGAGCCGCUUUCACAGCUGCAAUCGACGAUACCCUUCUUGGUGUGGUCGAUGGAUGUGGGCAGACAAACCCACAGCUGCCGGUUUCGAAGCCCAACUCGGCUCCUGUCUGUAAUUAA